AUGUCGUCCUACGACAAGUCACGGGCCUCCUCCGGCGGGAAGGCCUCGUCCUUCUUCCACCGGUCCCGGAACAAGGUCGACAAACGGAACACCACGGCCGAUGAAGGCCGUCAUCUCGCCGUCGACUUCGACUCGAGUUCCAUGAACUCACGUCACUCACGCCACAAGCGAGACUCGUCUGUGAUAUCCCUAGAUCGCCCCGGCUCGUCUGGGUCCGGCAUCAACAUGACCGCCGGAAUCAUGACCACAAUUCCAUACGACUCGCUCGGUACGGACCGGCUCUCGCCGAUUCCACCCGAGCACCAUGCCGGGAUGGCCGAUCAAAUGUCUACACGAAGAGAUCCGCUCCCCCACCAGCUGAACAAGGCAACAAGCGAUUUCCACCAGUAUCCUACCUUUGAUCCGUCGACAGUGCGUCCCACGAGCCCGUACCCGUCCGGACCGCGCCCCGCGCCCAGCGCACCCAGAGAAUCCAACGUUACGAUGGCAUCUACGGGCCGUCAGGCCCAGUAUCAACAAUGGGGGCCUCCGAGGGACAGUGGCAUAGCAGGGUCCUAUAAUUCCCGGUACAACUCGUACACCACAUCCGGAGGACGCAGUUCAUCCGAUACAGCAAGCAUCAUGUCAGGUAAUACAGUAUCCUACCUCGGCCAGGUUGCAGAUCAUCCCCGCUCAUCCAGAACAGCACUCCCUAGUGUUUCGUCCCAGUCAUCCUACCUGUCGCCCCAUUCGCCUCGUGAGAACAACCGGCUCACCAAGUUCCCGUCUGGCGUGGGGACGAGCGAUGGGUUCUAUUUCCCGAAGCCAGACGAUGACAACGUGAUCCAUGAUAUGUUUGUGGAACUCAUGCAAAAGCGCGGGUGGCACAACUUACCGGACCAGGCGAGGCGCCAGAUGGAUGCGUACCCCCCGGCCAAGAAGUGGACGCUUAUCUAUCAAGACCGACUCACCGAGUGGCAGGGAGAACAGAAGCGCCGGCAGACCGCGAGGAUCGGCCAGUUCAGCAAUGUCGACCUCACGCAACUGCCGGACGAGGAGGGCAGCCCGGAGUGGUACGUCCGCAAGGUGAUGGAGAACUCGCUCGACACCAAGGGGUUCGGCAGCUUGGAGGUCAACCUACGGACGCAACAGAUCGGCUGGGUACGGCGGUUCAUCGAGUGCCAGGGCCAGGUCGCCCUGACCAACGUGCUCAUGAAGAUCAACCGCAAGUCCACGACGGGACCGACGAUGGAUGCGGUCAAGGGCGACAAGCACCUGGACCGGGAGUACGACAUCGCCAAGUGCCUCAAGGCGUUGAUGAACAACAAGUUUGGCGCAGACGAUGCGCUCGCUCACCAGCAGGUCCUCGUGGCGCUCGCGACAUCCCUCAUCUCGCCGAGGCUCACGACGAGGAAGCUGGUCAGCGAAGUCCUGACGUUCCUCUCGCACUGGUCGGACGGACAUGGCCACCUCAAGGUCAUCGAGGCCAUGGACGUUGCCAAGAACCAGCAGGGGGAGAACGGGCGGUUCGACGCAUGGAUGCGGCUCGUGGAGGUCACGAUCGAUGGACGGGGCAAGAUGGGCAGUCUGGUGGGCGCCAGCGAGGAAGUGCGCAGCGGAGGCAUCGGCAUGGAGAACCUGCUGAUGGAGUACGUGGUGGCGACGCUCAUCUUGAUCAACAUGAUGAUCGAUGCGGCCGAGAAGGACCUCCAGCUGCGGGUGCACAUCCGGGCGCAGUUCACGGCGUGUGGCAUCAAGCGGAUGUUGCACAAGAUGGAGGCGUUCCAGUACGAGUUGAUCGACAAGCAGAUCGAGCGGUUCCGGACGAACGAGGCGAUCGACUACGAGGACAUGCUGGAGAAGGAGAACAGCAGCAUCAAGGACAGCGUGGAGGGCGAGGUUAGGGACCUCAACGACCCGGUCCAGAUCGUGGACGCGAUCCAGCAACGGUUGAAGGGCACCAAGACGCAAGACUACUUCAUCUCGGCGCUGCAGCACCUGCUGCUGAUCCGAGAGAACGACAGUGAGGAGCGGCUGCGCAUGUUCCAGCUCGUCGAUUCGAUGCUCAGCUACGUGGCCAUGGACCGGCGGCUGCCGGACAUGGACCUUAAGCAAAGCCUCAACUUCACCGUGCAGAGCCUGCUCGACAAGCUGCACACCGACUCGGAGGCGCGGCAGGCCUUUGACGAGGCCACGGAGACGCGGCGGUUCGCCGAGGCGGCCAUGGCGGAACGGGACGAGCUGCGGGAUAAGCUGGCUCUGGGCGCAGAUGGACUGGUCGCCAAGCUCCAGAAGCAGAUCGACGAGCAGGCGAGGUUCAUUGACGCGCAGAGGAGACAGGCCGAAGGGUUGAAGUCGGAACUAGAGAACCUGCAGACGCUCCGGGCCAAGGAAGCGCAACGGUACGAGCUCGAGACCCGUGAGCUGUACCUCAUGCUCCGCGAUGCGCAGGACGUGGCCGCGUCGAAUGCCGCAAAGGGGACGUCGAAACUCGGCGACGAGGAGUCGUCCCGCAUGCAGGGGAUCCUCGACCGGGACCGGCUCAUGGAGCGCCUGCAGAUGCAGCUGGAGCGGCAGAAGACGGUGUACAAGCUGGAGGGCAAGGUCUGGGGCGAUGCCGUGGGGCCCUCGGACAAGCUGCGGGCGCUGCGCGAGGAGAUGGACGGGUAUGGGGAUUCCGGCACUGGGGUGGCGCCGAGAGACUUCACCAACAGCAUGCUCGGGAGUGUCAAGCGGUCGACGCGCAUCCCCAGGAAGCCCGUCAGCACGCGCGGCGGGCCGAUCGAAGGGGUACUGGAAGAGCCCGAGGCCGAGGACGCUGCCGAGGAAGAAGACGAGGAGGGUGUGGUGUACGAGACACCGCGGCUCAUCGAACUCAAGCGGCCCGUCGUUGAUCCCAAGAAGGCGGCUGCCGGCAUGUUCGACGAGUUGCAGGACAAGGUCAAGAAAUUCGAUGGGAGCGACUCCGAGGAUGGUGAUGGUGUUACGACUGGGCCAUCGCACCCGAGCUUGGAAUCGCAGUCGCCUCUUACGCCCAGCGACAACGAGCCCCCCAAGAUCGAAGUCACCGACACGACGGCGCGGCCGGUACCUCCACCACUUACCGGGGGACCUCCCCCGCCUCCACCACCACCUCUGCCGGGUCAGCUGCCCGGUGCACCUCCUCCGGCGCCUGGGUUUACCGGACCGCCUCCUCCACCUCCACCUCCUUUACCUGGCACGAUUCCCGGAGCACCACCCCCUAUGGGAGCUGGCCCUCCACCUCCUCCCCCUCCUCCGCCACCACCAAUGCCCGGGAGACUCCCCGGCGGACCACCACCUCCUCCACCACCUCCUCCUCUCCCCGGGACCAAGGGCAUGCCCCCACCACCUCCGCCGCCGAUGCCCGGGCCGGGCGCCAUGUCGGGCCACUACCUGUCGCGGCAGGACCACCUCACGCCGGCGCCCUCGCUCGGGUUGUCGGUUGUGCGGCCUAAGAAGAAGCUCAAGGCACUGCACUGGGAGAAGGUGGAUUCGCCGCUGACGACGCAUUGGGCGGCACAUACGCCGUCGGCGGAGGAACGGGAGGAGAAGUACAUGGAGCUUAGUCGGAAGGGGAUUUUGGAUGAGGUGGAGAAGUUGUUUAUGGCGAAGGAGAUUAAGUUGAUUGGGCAGGGGGCGGCGAAGAAGGAUGAUAAGAAGCAGAUUAUUUCGAAUGAUUUGCGGAAAGCAUACGAAAUCGCAUUCGCCAAGUUCUCGCAGUUCUCGGUGGAGAGGGUGGUGCAGAUGAUCAUCCACUGCGACAGCGAAGUGCUGGACAACCAGGUAGUCAUGGACUUCCUGCAAAAAGACGACCUGUGCAACAUCCCCGACAACACAUCGAAGCAGUUAGCGCCGUAUAGCAAGGACUGGACGGGCCCAGAGGCAAACAAGGAGAACCGCGAGCAGGACCCGGCGGAACUCACGCGGCAGGACCAGAUCUUCUUGCAGACGGCGUUCGAGCUACACCACUACUGGAAGAGCCGGAUGCGCGCCCUGUCACUGACACGCAGCUACGAGCCCGAGUACGACGAGAUCACGGAGAAGAUGCGGCAGGUCGUGACGGUGUCGGAGUCGCUGCGGGACUCGGUGUCGCUGAUGAACGUGCUGGGGCUGAUUCUGGAUAUCGGCAACUACAUGAACGACGCGAACAAGCAGGCGCGCGGGUUCAAGCUGUCGUCGCUGGCGCGGCUGGCCAUGGUCAAGGACGACAAGAACCAGUCGACGCUGGCGGACUUGGUCGAGCGCAUCGUACGCAACCAGUACCCGGAGUGGGAGAACUUUACGGACGACAUCUCUGGAGUCCUCACGGCGCAAAAGAUCAACAUCGAGCAGCUGCAGGCGGACGCGAAAAAGUACAUCGAAAACAUCACCAACGUGCAGAGGGCGCUCGACGCCGGCAGCCUGUCGGACCCCAAGAGGUUCCACCCGCAGGACCGCGUAGCACAAAUCGUCGGCCGCUGCAUGAAGGACGCCCGCCGCAAGGCCGAGCAGAUGCAGGUGUACCUAGAGGAGAUGGUCCGCACCUACAACGACAUCAUGACCUUCUACGGCGAAGACCCAGCCGACGAGAACGCGCGGCGCGACUUCUUCGCCAAACUCGCCUACUUCAUCUCCGAGUGGCGGAAAUCCUACAACAAGAACUCCCAGCUCGAAGAACAGCGCCGCAAGAACGAAGCCUCCAUGAAACGCAAAAACGCCGCGCUCAAAGCCGCCCAACUCUCCGCCGACUCCGCCAACCCGGCCUCGCCCACCAGCACGGGCGCCAUGGACAGCCUGCUCGAGAAACUGCGCGCCGCGGCCCCGCAGGCUCGCGAUCAGCGCGACCGACGCCGGCGUGCCCGCCUCAAGGACCGCCAUCAAGUGCGCAUUGCGUCGGGGCAAAAGAUCCCCGACCUUGCGCAGCUGGAUGCGAUGGAUGCCGCCCACGCGGCGGGCCAGCCUGGGGUGCAGAGCCCUGGAUCAGACGGUGCUGCGGGUGAUGACGAUCCCAAUCGGUCGUCUAACCCUGAUCUUGCCAGCCCGACUACUGGCACACAACAACAAACAACACAACAACAACAAGGAGGAGGAGGAGACAACGACGGGGCUGAAUCUACCCUUGGAGGAGACGACGACGUAGCCCAACGUGCAGCCCUGCUCCUCCAGGGAAUGCGGGACGACGACCCGGCAGAUGCGGAAAAACGGGAGACGCUACGGAAAUCGCGGCGGCAGACGGCUGAUGAGGAGAGGAGGAUGCGCCGGCGGCGGAGGGAGAUGGCGCAGUCGAGUGUUAGUAAUGGGAGUAGUGCGGGUGUUGGCGGUGGUGAUGGUGGUGGGAGAGGGGAUGCGACGAGUUUGAGUAGGGAAGGGUCGGUUGUCGAUGGGUAUGCCGGGAAGGGGGAUGAGGAGGUUCCGCCGACGCCGGGGCCGGAGGAGAUGGCUGCUGCUGUGGCUGCUGCUGGGGAGGAGGGGAGGGGGGAAUAG